CAUUAGACCCCGCAUAGUCCCAUCAUCCUAUUCAUUCAGUGAAUUCUCAAGCUUUGGUUCGAAGAAAACAACAUGGCGACCAAGUAUCGCCUCACUGUCUACAUUGAGGAGAGCCUCCUCCCCUCAUACAACAACAAAACCGAGCCGUACACGCUCUGCAUCGCCAAAAAGGUCGGUGAAGACUACAACGUCGUCUUCCAGUGCAGAAGACCACUGAUGGAGAAUGUCUUCACCUGGACGGAGGAGUACCAAAUCUACGUUACCACCGACCCCUUCGAAGCCGGUGCCCCUGUCGUACGCUCCGAUGCCGCCAUCGCCAUCCACGAGCAGCAGCUUUUCACUCUCACGGAGUACGGGACGCGCCAAGUCACAGACCCGAAGGGUGUCAAACCCGGCCAAUUCCGCUUCCGCAAUAACUUCGACGAGGUCUAUGCUGUGAUCACCUGCGCGACUGCCGGCGGAAUCUACAAGCCCAUCUACCGGCAGCCGACUCCGACGCCUACGCAUGGCACUGCACGCUUCACGCCGAAGAACUACUAUAAGGUCUGGCUGCAGCAAGAAAUCGAUGAGGCUUACAUGCUUGCCGAAAUCGAUAGUACUUCGUGCGUGGUCAAAUAUGAUCCUGGACUGUACUCACAGACCGUCAGUCUGGACAACACAGAGGAGUGGGUCGGCGAUAAGAUCUGGAGUGAUAGUCAGCCUGACAGUCUGCCGGAAUCCGUAUGAGAAGAAUUUCCCUGCUGAACUCGUGCUGCCUUAAGGCAUUCUUAUAAUUAUGCACUAUUUGAGAACCUGUGUUAUGAAGGUAGUGCUGAGCCUUAGUUAUGAUCUUACAACUGUUCUUCAUUCAAUCAG